AUGAGUACAAAUUCAGAGACUGUUUUUGUUACUGUUAAUCCUGGAGGAGGUGCCAGUGCCGGUGCCAGUGCUUGGGCUAGUUCCGGAACUGGUGCAUCUCAGGGAUUCAGCGCCACUAAGUUUCUUGAGUCCCUAGGAGUCGAUUCGGAAAAGUCCAAGAUAUACCUCACCGUCAUUGUUUUACUACUGUUUCAGUUGGGUCGUCAUUUCUUUUUGCCAGCAAGACAUCGUCGACGCCGCCCAGACAACAAUAACCGGCAACAACAGGAGAGCCAGCAGCCGCAUGGUGACACCAGCAACAAAGACAACGGUGACAUUCACCCCCUGAUUGUUACUAAGGACCAAAAUGUGCCGACAUAUAAGCGGUUGACUCCUAAAGAGAUUUCUGUGUAUGAUGGCUCUUCCAAAGGUAAACCGUUGCUGAUGGCAGUGAAGGGUGAUGUUUUUGAUGUGAGCAGAGGUGCUUCGUUUUAUGGUCCUGAGGGCCCAUACCAUAAUUUUGCAGGCCGUGAUGCCUCGCGAGGCCUGGCCAAAAACUCAUUUGAGGAAGAUGUACUGACGCCUUUGGACGAGCCUAUUGAUGCGUUGACGGACUUGGAUGAGGAGGAGCGUAAGACUCUGGAUGAUUGGUAUAACAUGUUUAAGGGCAAGUACACUCACAUUGGGUUUUUGGUUGACCCGUUAGCAACCAAGAAUGCAUCAAUAGUGCCAGCCGCAACGUCUGGGGAGCCAGUAAAGGGAAAUAGUACUGUGGAAGCUUCCGAAGUCUCUCAUAGUUCACCUGAUGCAUCUGUAACAGGGGAAAAGCCAAGUGAAAUCUACGAUAAUGAUGAUGAUGACGAUGAUGACGAUGAUGACGAUUUCGAAAAGGUAGAGGCUGUUCGGUCCAGCGAAGAGGAGUCUUGA